AUGGCCAAGGGGAAAGAUGUUAGAAUCAGAGUUAUUUUGCAAUGUGUGAGUUGUGUUCGAAAAGGGGCCAAUGAGGAGUCGGCAGGGAUUUCUAGAUAUAGUACUCAAAAGAAUCGCCACAAUACACCCGGACAAUUAGAAUUAAGAAAAUUUUGUCGUUAUUGUCGUAAGCAUACGAUUCAUGCCGAAAUAAAGAAAUAG